AGGAAAGCUGCCUUGAGGAGACGGCACACGCGCCGCCGCCUUUUCGCGGGACUCGAGUCUGCUUCGCGAAAAGAAAGCGGGCGACGACGACGACGACGCCUUUCCUUCGGAGCAGCUCGCCGCCACUUUCUUCCCUCCACACCUCCCGCGUCCGCAUUUUCCUACUGCGGCGCGCCCCGAGCUCAGUUAAAACUCAGAUUUGGUUUGGAUGCCUUUUACAUUAAUUUGACCUGCCUACGUAAAGAAAAGGCUCUGGGAGAAAUGCUGAAAAUCACUUUACUUCCUCUUUUCAUGGAAAACUGAACGGAAUGUGGUGUUAAAUCUGUGAAAGGAGACCUAUAGAAUUUAGCUGCAGUAAUGAGUUCUGAAGAGAAAGCUAUAUCUCCUGCUCACAGAACCUCCACACCAUCACAUAAAGCUGACUCCUCUUCAUCAUAUUCCCAGUGGGACACUAGGCAGAGUGGUCAUGUGUUAGAGCGAAAUGCUUCUGUUGGAAGCACAGACUUAAUUAUUGGGAAACAGUUGUUAGAGAAUGAACCAAUCGCUGUAUCUAAAGAGCCAGACAGCUGGGAAAUUAUAGAAGGCUUGAAAAUUGGCCAGACUAAUGUCCAGAAGCCAGACAAACAUGAAGGAUUCAUGCUGAAGAAAAGGAAAUGGCCUUUAAAAGGCUGGCACAAGCGCUUUUUUGUUCUGGACAAUGGAAUGUUGAAAUAUUCAAAGUCACCAAUUGAUACUCAGAAAGGGAAGGUUCAUGGGAGCAUAGAUGUGGGGUUAUCGGUUAUGUCAAUUAAAAAGAAAGCACGUAGGAUAGAUCUUGACACCGAGGAACAUAUCUACCAUUUAAAAGUAAAAUCCCAGGAUUCAUUUGAUGCUUGGGUGUCAAAGUUGCGCCAUCAUAGAUUAUAUCGUCAGAAUGAAAUUGUGCGAUCGCCACGGGAUGCCAGUUUCCACAUAUUCCCUUCAACUUCCACCACUGAAUCUUCACCAGCUACUAAUGCCACAGUGCUGGAAACUAAGGUCUCACAGAAUAAUUUCCCCUGGCAACCGUCUAUCCCUUGCAGUAGCAGUCUACCUGAAACGUGUACUUCUGGCCAGAGUAAAGUAGUUGCUUGGUUGCAAGAAUCAGAGGAGAUGGACAAGUGUGCAGAAGAUCUCGCACAUUGUCAAUCGAAUCUUGUAAAACUCAGUAAAAUUCUUCAGAACUUAGAAAUACUUCAGAGAACUCAAUCAGCACCUAGCUUCACAGAUAUGCAGGCUAACAGUGUAGAUAAGAAAGACAAGCGUGUCACCAGAAGAUGGAGAACAAAAAGUGUGAGCAAAGAUGCUAAAAUACAGCUUCAGGAAGGGACUGCGCUGAAGGGCCAAUUCGGUACUGCACGGCGCCGGCAGAGACUAGCAGCAGCAGUGGCUACAACAGUUCCUUUCAGUGCUACAAUGUCUCCUGUUCGCCUACAUUCAUCUAAUCCUAACCUUUGUGCAGACAUCGAAUUUCAGACCCCACCCACUCACGUAUCGGAUCCUUUGGAAAACCCCACAGACUACAUAAAACUUCAGGAAGAGUUUUGCCUCAUGGCUCAGAAAGUACAUUCUCUUUUAAAGUCUGCGUUUAACAGUAUAGCAAUAGAAAAGGAAAAGCUGAAACAGAUGGUAACAGAACAUGAUUUCACAGGACACAACACACAGAUGAUACGUCUCCGACAAUCACUUUCUCAGGCUCUCAACCAGAAUGCUGAACUAAGGAGUCGUUUGAACAGAAUACACUCAGAGUCUGUUCUUUGUGAUCAGGUUGUCAGUGUAAAUAUUAUCCCUAGUCCUGAUGAGACAGGUGAACAGAUCCAUGUCAGUCUCCCACUUUCCCAACAAGUUUCUAAUGAGAGCAGGCUCUCUAUGUCUGAAUCUGUCUCUGAAUUUUUUGAUGCCCAAGAAGUGCUUCUAUCUGCAAGCUCAUCAGAAAAUGAGGCUUCUGAUGAUGAAUCUUACAUAAGUGAUGUGAGCGACAACAUAUCUGAGGACAACACUAGUGUCGGAGACAAUAUUUCUCGGCAAAUAAUGAAUGGUGAGCUAACAGGAGGUGCUUUCAGAAAUGGACGAAGGACAUGUCUUCCAACACCCUCCCCUGAUACUAGUAAUAUUAAUCUGUGGAACAUUUUGAGAAAUAAUAUUGGGAAGGAUCUUUCCAAAGUAUCAAUGCCUGUAGAGCUCAAUGAGCCUUUGAAUACUUUGCAACACCUUUGCGAGGAACUGGAAUAUAGUGAACUUUUGGACAAAGCUGCUGAAACAGAUGAUCCUUAUGAACGUAUGGUCCUUAUUGCUGCCUUUGCAACUUCAGGAUAUGCUUCCACUUAUUACAGAGCAGGAAGCAAGCCUUUUAACCCUCUACUUGGUGAGACUUAUGAGUGUAUCAGGGAAGACAAGGGAUUUCGAUUUUUCUCAGAGCAGGUUAGCCAUCACCCACCCAUUUCUGCCUGUCAUUGUGAAUCAAAGAAUUUUGUGUUUUGGCAAGAUAUUAGAUGGAAAAACAAAUUCUGGGGGAAAUCGAUGGAAAUAUUGCCAAUUGGAACUCUGAAUGUGACACUUCCUAAAUACGGUGAUUGCUAUGUUUGGAACAAAGUCACUACUUGCAUACACAACAUCCUGAGUGGAAGGAGAUGGAUAGAGCAUUAUGGAGAAAUAACCAUUAGAAAUACAAAAAGCAGUGUCUGUAUUUGUAAGCUCACAUUUAUCAAGGUGAACUACUGGAAUUCUAAUGUAAACGAAGUUCAAGGUGUUGUCAUGGACCAAGAAGGAAAAGUGGUGCAUCGCCUUUUUGGAAAAUGGCAUGAAGGAUUAUAUUGUGGAAUUGCACCUUCAGCAAAAUGUAUAUGGAGGCCUGGUUCCAUGCCAACAAAUUAUGAGCAUUAUUAUGGUUUCACAAGGUUUGCUAUUGAGCUAAAUGAGUUAGAUCCUGCACUGAAAGACCUUCUUCCAAAAACAGAUGCUCGAUUCAGGCCAGAUCAAAGGCAUUUGGAAGAUGGAAAUUUAGAAGCAGCAGCAGCAGAAAAACAAAGAAUUGAAGAAUUGCAGAGAUGCCGGAGACGUUAUUUAGAGGAAAACAAUAUGGAACAUGUACCAAAAUUUUUUAAAAAAGUUAUUGAAGCAAAUCAGAGAGAAGCAUGGGUUUCUAAUGACACCUAUUGGGAACUCCGAAAGGAUCCUGGCUUUAAUAAAGUAGAAACACUCAAACUCUGGUAAACUGAGAAUGUAGAUCUAGCAACAUUUGUAGAUCUAACUCUUAAAAAAGAAAAACAAAGAUACCACUAUGCACAUCAUGUUUCUUAUAGCCGAGGGUGAUUUGUGGGUCUGCAGAAAACCUUCCUUUGCUUUUACAUUCAAUUUAUAAUAGACUUCCAAAAGUGCAUUAGCCCAGACUGAACAUUUCUGUGAUCAUUUACAUUGAAAAGAGGGGAGGAAAAUGCCCACAACCCCUUUAUUUAUUGAGAUACUGGAAGUGCAGCAUAAAAGAAGCAUGUACUGAUUUGGCCAAAGAUGCUUUGUAGAGUAUCUGGUGCUUUAAAUAGACAAGAAGAGUUCAACAAUAAAACAAAUCUUGUUAUAACUUAAGUUCUAGAACGUCUACACAUGUAGUUAUUGAAUCUUGAUUCACAUUAGAACACUGGUUCAUUUUAGAGUCAGGUUGAUUUUUUUGGUGUUUUGUGCUUGGACCGGCCAUAUCAAAAACAACAUAAUGCUUUUCUAGAAGCUCUUCCCAUUCAUAUGCCAUUUUUCAUGCCUUAAAAACAAUGUCAAGUUGUACGUUGUUAUUUUAAAAUAUGUAUUUAUUUGUCAUUUCUUAAGGGCAGAUUUUUAAACACCAGGAUUUUUGUUCGUAUUUUAAAUAAUGGAUAAAGUGUAUUAUUUAUGGAAAAUGAACUGUAAGUGUAAAGCAAAAGGAUGAUCUGAGAAUAUUUUAACUUUGCAGGUUGUGGUUCUAUAUAGGCAGGUUGAAAGGAAACUGGCUAAUUUUGUAAUGAUCUUGGAAAGUUAAUCUAAGUUCAUAUUCUCAAUGCCUAAUGCUGUGAUAAAUAUACCAUCUCUUUUCAUGACUUCUUAUAUUUCCUCUGUCUCAUUUUCAUAACCCUUUAUAGAAUUAAAAUUCCCUAAAACUGUGCAUGAAUGCUAAGCACAUCUUUUAAAUUAGAAAAGCAUCCUGCGGAGGUAUAAUCAUUCUGAUAAUCUAUGUAUUCAUGCUUUAUUAUGUGCAUUAUAUAUUUUUGUUCUCACCUCUUUGGGAAUUGUUGGGAGAAGUAAUGUGAUACAUGCACUACUUUCUCAGUUGAAUCUUGCUAAUAUCAUUUUUAUGCAAAAUUAUAUUUUAUUGCUUUUUCAUAAAGCAGUUAUAUUUUUGGAUGGAGAAAUGACCUAAAUGGCUAUUAUGUAGCACAUGUUGAUGUAUAUGUGGAAAGAACCUGAAUGAUGUCACCCUAAAAAUUAAGUCUAGUUGGUUACCAUGCUUUUCUAAAAUCAAUAUGUAAGGUAAAAAUCUUAAUGUUUUUUAAUAGAACUUGUCUUUCAUUUAUGUCCAGUGAUUUAAUUUAUUAAUACCUUGGCCACUGGCAAUAGAAAAGAUUUUCUUGUAUAUAUUUCAAAAAUAACAUUUCUGUAUAUUCAUGGCACAUAACUGUAUUUUACUGAGUUCAUUUUAUUGCUUUUCUCUAAAGGCACAGAGGUGGCUAUGAUUUCCUGAAAGCAAACUAACUGUAUUUGAUUAUGCAUUCUAUGUAUCACUCAUCUUAUUUCCCCCAUGUCCAUUUCUGCUCAGUAAGCACACCUGUAUAAGGGACAGCCUGUUUAAAAAUAUGGCCUUAACUUUCUGAAGUUACUUCCAGUUGGGAUGCACUAUAUUAGCUAGACAUUUAUUAUCUGGCUGCAAUUUCGCUCUGAAUUUCAGUUGUAACUUGAGAUCACCUGUAUUUGACCAAGGCUUAAAAUAUGCACGAUAUUCUAGUACAAGCUUCUGAAGUACAGAAGGAGAAUGUUUUGUUUGCUGAUAUGCACAUUUCAUUCAAAUUGAAAAAGAAUUAGAAUGCACUGGAUAAAAUAUGCAUGGACUCUUACAUGGUCCUUACACAACAGGAGCUGCCGGCAUGCCACUGUCACAUUGGGGAUUUUGUUAAUGUAGUAAUCCUUACAAGUUAUAGUUUAGUCAAUCUUGGUAAAAAUAGGAAGAAAGAAUGUCUUACCAUUCUGUCUUUUACAUUCAGUCUUCAGUAACCUCCCAGGAAUUUGUUAUUGUCUCUUCAAAGCCUGAAUUAUUAAUUAAAACAUUAUAAAUAUUAACAAAUAUUAUGAUUUAGUAAAAUGUCGAGAUCAGAUGCUUACCAAGGUCAGUUAUAAAUCAACCUAACUUUGACAUAAUAUGCUGCCCCCAAAUAACAUAAAGUUGAUUAGUUUUAAGCUUGACUAGCAUGUUAUUUGAAGGUAGGCCAUUUGGUUAAUUUAUAACUUUUUAAAAUUUAUUAUUUAUUUCUAUCCCACCUUUAUUAUUUUUACAAAUAACUCAAGGCAGUAAAAACAUCCCACAUAUCUUCCUCCUACUAUUUUUCCCACAAACAAACUGAGGUGGAUUGACCUGUGAGAGAGCGAUUCAUUGAAGGUCACCCAACUAGCUUUAUGGCUAAGGCAGGACUAGAAUUUACAGUGUCCUGCUUUCUGGUGCCUUAACCCACCAGAUCAAAAUGGCUCUCUAUAUUGUACAUACCUGGAUAAUCAGUCCAUUUAGCUAGCCACCUGAGCCUGUUCUGUGAAUCCAGCCAUUAAACUAAGUGACUAAACUUCAAAUGCUUACUUGUGUUCAUGUAACAAGUUUGAUUUAAAUCUACGGGACUACAGCUUUUCCCCUUUGGGACAAUUGUAAUUCAUCUGUAUGUCCAAGUCAUUUCUUUUCAGGUGAAUGCAAAAUGUGAAAAAGGAAUGAGAAUUAGUAAGCAAAUGAUAAGACAUGAAAUUAGGAGCAUAUGAAGAUAGCUACAUUUAUACCCAUAAAAUUCACUAUAACUUUCCUUUUCUAUCCUUGCUUUGAACACAUUGGUACUCCAUUUCAGAGGUUGCCUUUGUUUCUAAAUCUUCUCACCUAUAAGUUCUUGAGAGUUUUAUUAGCUCAUUCAAUCAUGCUUUUCCUUCAUUAUCCACUUCAUCUGAAUCCAUUUACUUUUCGUUCAUAUGUUGGUUUUACAGUUCGGUCUUCAUUCGUUCUCUAGAGAUCACUGCCUAUCAGUCCUAAUUCGUUCUACAGAUAUGUUGAUAGUUAUUUAACAAUUAUUUGUUUCCAUCCCAAUUGCUCUGCAUUUUCUUUCCUGUGUUUAAACAGUUCCCUGUUGUCUUUGACUGCAUUCUUUGCAAUUUUUUCUCUACAUGUAUAUUAUAUAUUUUACUCAUCACGAUUCUCUUGCCUGUGUAUUGCUCAUUUACUGACUUUGGAGUUAAUUCAUUUUUAGUACUUUAGUACUUCCCUUUAGUAUAUGUCCACAAGCCUGAGUGACAUUCUGUAAAAUAAUUUUUUCCACUAUUUUAAGUUAGCUUACACAUACUUUUUUUCCCAAGUCUACUCUCUGUUUAGAUUAUUGGGAGAUUUCUUUGUUUUCAGUUUUACCUAUACAGGGCACAUUUUCUCUAUUAUUUUUUUCAUUUCUUCCAUGUCUAAUUUUUUUUUCUUAAGAUCCAUUUUUGAGACUACCAGCAAUGAUUUGGCAACUAACUUCUGAACUUUUCACUCUUGUACCUUCAAUAAUUCAGUUUUUCAUUUAAAAAAAUCAAGUGAACCAUACUUAAUGUGUGAAGAAUAAGAGACUUAUACUGGUAAAGUUAUGCUUUUUAUUCAUUUUCCAUGUGGCCUACUCAUGUUUUCUGUACUCUUGUCUUCUUUCUGUUCGCUGAUAUCUUUUAACAGUAAUCUCCCCCCACCCAGAUUGAAUUUUUCAGAAUAUUGCCCAUUUUAUCUCAAAAUUUAUCCCUGAUGCAAUUCUCAUCAGCUUAUGAAUUCCUAUAUUCAUAUGCAUCUUCAACAAACUAGAUAACGUUAGUUUCUAAUUAAUAUUGUAGCCCUUUCCUUCAUAAUUAAACCUCACUUUCACUUCCAUACAUGUUUUCAUCAAUUCCAUUCUCUAAGAUCAGACUAGUUGUUACAUCCUUCACCUUUCAGGGACAUAAAAUUGUUUUUUAUUUCAUUUGUUAAUUAAUGCUCUUUACCAUUUGUUCUCUUUCAUAUGCCAUAAUGAACACCAGUUGGGCUCAUAGCAAUAGCAAUUAGACUUAUACAGCGCUUCACAGUGCUUUACAGACCUCUCUAAGUGGUUUACAGAGUCAGCAUAUUGCCACCAACAAUGUGGUUCCUCGUUUUAUUGACCUUUGAAGGAUGGAAGGCUGAAUCAAACUUGAGCCAUUGAGAAUUGAAGUGCUGAUCUGCUGGCAGCCAGCAGUCAGCAGAAGUAGCCUGCAGUACUGCAUUCUAACCACUGUGUCACCAGUACUGAUCUCUACUGCCCAUGAUGGCUUGGGUCAAGCAAAGGUUUCACACCACACUUUUUAGUAAGGUAGUUAAAAUGUAAAUUAGGUUACUAGUUUUAGAUGUGAAACAGUAGCUGCCAAUGAUGAGGGGAAGACUAGGCAGUUUGGGCCCAUUUUGACCAAAGAUACAACAAAUGCAACAAAACCCAGGUUUAUUCCAAGCAUAUUCAUAUUAUUCUAUGCAAGACAGAACUCUAAUCUAGAGACUGCCUUGUAAAUCUUGCAAAUUGUCUUGCAAGAUUGCUUUAGUGGUUCUCUUAGUUUUCAAUGCAGGACACUGUGAGGUAUAAGAGUCUAAACUACUUUGGGGAUAAAGAAACUCAUUGAGACCUCUAGUUUGAAUUUUUUUCUUAAAAAUCUGGAUAUUCUUGAAAUCAUUUCACUGUAGCAUUUAUUUAAAAAUGUGCUUUUGUAAGUUUCCAAAUUAAAUCUGGAGCAAGUAUGUCAUAUUUAGCUAUAAUUGACAGUAUAGUCCUACCAUAAAUUCAUGUCAACAGCGUCAGCAAACUCAUCACACUAGUUCAUUCAUUCAUCACACAUCUGCAUACAUUAUACUUAUUUCAUCUAAACCUAUAAAAUUUGAUAGUUAGCGGUAAUAGGUAAAUUAUCCAUUUUGAAAAACUUAAAAAGAAAUAACUUCCAAAAAGAAAAAAAACCCUGUUAGCCAGAGUUCAUUUAAAUCAGAUAAAAUAUUCAUUUAAAAAUAAAAAUUGUAGAAUUAACUUAAGAAGAUGAAUGUGAAUGUGAAUUUCUGCAAAGGAUUGAACUCAUGUGAUGGAAAUUUUUCUUUAUUAAAUUUCCAGAUUGAAAAAUGGAGCUCUUCUCUAACCGAUCCUUCUGUUUCAAACAAGCUUCAGGAAAUCUCAAGAACAUCUAAUUUAUGUGAUAUGCUUCCAUUUAAAAUACUUCUUACUCAUUGGAAGUUUCUGCAUCAAGCUAUGUCACAAUCAAGUGCCCAUUCUGACUUACCUGAUAUGCUUUGCUUUUUGUAAGCCUUCUCUCCCCUCAAUCUAUCCUCCCAGCCGUCCCAAUCAAUGAUUCCUCUGAAAGUAUCCAUAUUAUAAUGGCAAAUUUCGGGAAUUCUUUGUAGAUUGGGAACAGAUAAGAAUGAGGCUUUUUAGAGUCCAGAAGCAGACCGAGAUACCCAGUUGUGUAACUGGAAUCACUCCCAUCCCUAUCUCUGCUAUGCACUGCUGAGUCUUAGCAUGUAGUCUCAGCAUUGGCUGAAUGUAGACUUGGGCACAUUGGCUCAAAACAUACUUGAAUAAUUAUCACAGAACUAUCAUUAUUAACUGUUGUUACUUCUCCUCUGCUUUUCUCUUUAGAUAUAACAGUUCCAAAAAGGAUGUUCAGUAGAAAAUAAAGUCAGGGUUUGGAGGGACACUUAGGUGCAGUCCUUGAUCAAAUCAAAUGAUGUUUUGCAGGCUUCCCAAGUAUUUCACAGCUCACAAAUAAUUAUUGUGGUUGCCCAAAGGAACUUUGGUUCUGGGCUAAUGCUACAUACAAUUAGAAUGAACAAUAACCACAUUCUGUCUACCAAGUCAACCCUAUGAGAUUUCAGUAAAAUUUCUCAGCCAUCUCUGUGUUUCUGAGAUUGGAAUGGUGCCAAUUUUGCAACCGGGAAUUCUGUAAUAUAUAAUAAUUUUAAUGCAAGCAAUGUAUUAUGAAUAAGUGUUUUCCUAUUUCAACAGAAUGUGACUUUUGCCCAUGCCCAGGAUUAAAUUUUCAUCCAAAUUAAUGCUCCCCUAUAAAAUAAUAUAUAUUGUAAAGUUCUUUUUGUGACUUACUUAAUUUAUCAGGAUUUUUAAAAGACAAUAUUGAGCUCCAUAUAUUUUUUGAAAUUAUAGGUAUUCAAAUAAGAAACAGUGUUAUGACAUGAUUUAUCAAUUGCUUUUUUCCCCUUAAAGAUAAUCCAGUAGAUUUAUCAAGUCUCCCUCAAAUUGUCUCUAGUUAUAGCCAUUCAGGCUGCAUAAUGUUGGUACAAGAUAAUAAUAUUGUGAUCUGACAUAUCUAGCGUGAAAUGGGAUAACUCCGCCACAGCCAACUUGAUGCGGCCAAUUUGCCAUGGGGCAACUUGUCACGGCCAACUCGUCACAAGACACCUCACUGUGGGGCAGUUUAACAUUUCAAUUAUUUGAAAUAAAUUUAAAAAAUAUUUUAAUUUUUGUCAUUGAUGUUUCAUUCUGACCCUUUUUCAUCCUUUAAUUAUUCUGUUCCACCAUUCCUUUGGUAUUAGUGUAGCUCUUCUCCCGCAAUGAGUUAGCUGCAACGAGUUGUCCCACAGCCAUGACAAAUUGGCCAUGGUGAGUUGGUCAUGGCGAGUUGGUGUGGCAAAUAAUAGACUGCAGUUGAAAGCAGCAGCAGUAAGUAUCAAUUAGAAAUUUUGAAAAUGUUGAAAGCAAUGGAAUUAGACCUUAAUUACACCACUCUAGUGCCAUAAAAUCAUGGCUUUGCUCUGUUGUCUUCUGUAAUUUAAAGAAGUGAUUGGUAUUAGGAAGAAAGUUUAGGGACCUAAAGUAUCAACAACCCACCACUCAUUUUCAAAAGUAUUUCCUAAGACAAAAUAUAUUUUCGCCACUUCCUUCUUUGACUCACCAUAUUAUACUAUUAACUAAUCAGAAGUGUGCGUCUUCAGAUAAAUAGCAUGCAGACAAAAGUAUCAUUUGUGAGAAAAUUAGCCUCCAUAAACACACAGCACUUUUAAGGCACUUGGAUGUUUCAGAAAAUAUUUCUAAGUGUUGCAAUUGGACUGCAAUCUUAGACUAAAGAUUGCAGUGAUUCCAAACUUCUGCAGUGAACCCUAUGACUGAACAGAGAUUUGAAUCUUAUUUUCAGCAACCCAAACUCAAUAUUGUCUUUAUCCCACUACCCAAUGUUGAAGCUAAAUACGAAGAUUGAACAUUGUGAUACUUGCACAGGAUCAUUUUGCAGAACUCUGUGGUCUUUAUCCUCAGUCUUGAAUAUGAAAACUCAUGUACACCUUUAUAAAAAAUGUCAUUGAAUAAAAAGACCAUUGUUUC